CGCAAUUGUUGUGCGCUCGAAAACAGCGUCCUCUGCGUCCUUUUGCCAGCGUCAAAACUUUCACUGAAAUAUUUUAAAGGCUUCAUCCAGUGCACAUAUCUGAAGUUCAUUUGAUACGUUGCUGAAAUGGGCAAGGGACGUCCCCGGCCGAAGGGCAGCUGAAAGUGAAGCUGGCGUAGGUCCAACCUGUACUGACAAGCCCCACUCUAAGCCACUUACCGCUAAGGCUAUCAUUACCAGGGCAAUAGACUAAACCCCACCUGCCUGCGAUGGCGGAGCUGCAUGUCAUCGGGCAAAUCACCGGCGCUAUCGGCUUCCCCAGCCAGAAUCUUUUCUGCAAGUGGGGAGUAACGGCAGGACGCAGCUGGGAGCUGCUGGAGGGGCUGGAUUCGGGGCAAACGCAGCUGGACUUGGCGCCUGACGGUGAGCCCGUCGUGUGGGCGCACCCCCUGGACCUGCACUACGCCUGUCGCGGCCUGGCGGGCUGGCCCAAGCUCCAUUUCCAAGUAUGGAGCCAGGAUAUACAUGGUCGCAACGAUAUUUGCGGCUAUGGUUUCUGUCAUGUUCCCACAUCACCGGGGCAGUACGAGCUCGACUGUCCUACGUGGAUACCUGAAGGUACUUUGGGUGAGCGCAUCGCUGCAUUCUUCCUGGGAGGCAAUCCGCGGCUCAAGUACGAGGAGGUGGUGCAUACUCCAGGCGACCGCUUCCGACUCAAUACGGUGGCCAGUGGCGUUGUGCAGCUUCGGCUGGGGGUUCUGGUCAAGGACUUUGAGCGUAACCACGUGCAGUGCGGGUGACCGCAGGUGUCGACUGAGCAGUAUGUCGUUUGUUACAGCGGACCCGAACCGGUCGAGUGCAUCGGCACAACACUGUGGACCCUAUAGCUGAGCAGACAGCUAAGUGACGUGCGUAUGGACAAAUGAGGUGGACGAAUGCGGCGGCAACAGCAAAUGGGGCUUUUGCGCCCAGUUCAGAUUUCUUUGGUGGUAUUGUUUUCAUGUACGUUUUUCGUGCAAGGCAGGUAGUAUGAAACCGGCGGAUAGCACCUGCGUGGUGCUGGAGCACAUGCCCUGUAGGAGCCAACCAUGU